AAAAAAACAUUUUAAAAACUGAGAUUUGAAAACACCACUUUUGCAAAAUAAACAAACAAAACCAAGCGAAUGCGUAACCGUCUGCUCAUACCAGCACAGUCCAAGCAAGUGUUAGCAAGUGGAAAACGAAAAGUCCACUGAAGAUGCCUAACACGGUAUUAUCCGUUUGUUUCAUCACAGUUUACAUGACAUAAACAUAAACAAUACAUAAAGAUCUAAGCAGUGUCUAAAUACAAAAUACUCUGGAAAAGACACAGCCAUGUAAGCAUCAUCUAUGCAGAAACACCUAAACACCAUCAUAACAAAAACAUCUAAGGACCCUGUCAACACAAAAACUUCAAUCUACUCACAAACAUCUAAACACCAUCCCUGCGCAAAUAUAUCUCUUUAUGCAAAAAUCCAAACACAGACUGAACAAAAAUAAGCAGGAUUAAGAGGAAACUGCACAGGGGUAGGAGUUGGCUAUUAAUGUGUCAAUAUGUUUAGCUGAGAAGCAUGCAAGAUAAUAAUCACUUCCGCUAGUCUCUGCUGCAACAAAAUUAUUUAUAAUGGUACACGGCCAUUUUGUUCGCAGAAGACGUUUUACUUCCUUUCUUCUUUUGGAAGAUUACUAGCAAACCUUUUUGCAGCAGACGACCACUGUAGAAGUCAAAAUGACUGGUAGAAGUAGUGAAAUCUGUUUACAGACCUUCAUCAACUUCGUUGCAACAGACGAGCUUUACAAAGUCUCUGUCCAGUCGUGGGAGGACAACACUGCGAUUUUUGUUGUAACGUAACAGAAAAAGCUUAACCAAUGGAAGAAAUAACAUUCAUGAGUACCGAGGUCUUCUGGAAUUCGACGAAACUAAAUGCAUUACAAGAAUUGAACUGGACACAAGAGAAGAUAAACGAAUAUCUAGAAAAGCUUAAUAAUGAAACAUUCAUAAAAUUACUUCCCAUUUUUGUCUUCUUUAUCACAAUAAACUUGGGUGGUGUCUUUGGUAACCUCCUCGUCUUCUUCGUCUACCUCAAACAGUUCAAAGCCAGCGCCACUCGGGUGUUCGUGCUGGCCAUGGCUAUUUGCGACCUCCUCACCAAUAUUUUUAUACUGCCGUGGUUGAUUCAGGAUAUAAGAUACAGCUACACGAGCAAGACUCAUUUCUGCAAAGCAAAAUAUGCUUUUGGCACAUUUUCGGUAACCAUGUCCUACCUGAUCCUCGUAUGUGUUGCCUUUGAUCGUCGCCGUCGUAUCUGCCAUCCUCUGAGAAGACAACUGAGCUCGCGACAAGCGACUUACCUGCUGAUUGCUUCUUUUAUGUUUGCGUCUGCCAUCGUAUUCCCUUUCAUUCCGAUGUAUUCAGUAAUUCCUUUAGACACAGACCUUAACGGAAUAACAGGAACAACAUGUGGUAUUCCGACUUUAACAUCUUCGAAAAUGUUUGUUAAGCAGGUGCUCGGAACUCUCCUGAUUAUCACCUUUGCCACUGGACUUAUUGUAAUGACAACCUGCUAUACUCAGAUUUCGUACAGGAUUUACCAGCAGAAAAAGAAGCUCUUACUUGCUGUAAGAAUAAAUGUUACUGCUGUCUUGGAAACGAAAACGCUCCCUGCAACGGACGUAGAACAGAAAGAUGGAAACAUGUAUAAACAAUCUUCUGUCAUGCUUCGAAAUGAGAUUACAAUGCUCCCUACCACGGAGAAUGUAAAUUUGUCAAAGACAACCUCAUCCGACACAAAAACAUUUAUGUCUUCAACUACAUCUACAGACAACAAUGAUCAAGGUGAUGAAGGUGGACAGACGAGAUCGCAUCUGAGUGCAAAAAGGCCAGAACACAGUCACCGGAAGACGACGAUGUUAUCCAAAACGACAUUAAUGAUGUUAGUGUUGACCACCGCUACCAUUGUCUUCUUGUUGCCUUAUUGCGUCCUAACAUUAGCAAACGUCCAGUUUGUAGACGUUGACCUGUCCUCGUGGAAGAUGAACAUCUACUUCUUGCUACGAUGUUUUCCUACUGUCAACAGUGUCCUCAACCCCUUCGUCUACAGCUUUUGUAAUCCAAAGUUUCGCCGAGAGUCUUGGUGUUUGCUGAUGAAUAUGUGCAACACUUUCUCAUCAAGGCUGUGCCACCCGGUACAGUCUUUUGGGGUGGCUGGAGAGGAGAUCGGCACCGCUAAGCCCCAUGACAGUUCCAUACUUUUUAACCUGUUAAUAAAAUGUAACCAAUAUAGCAUAAUUACCUUGUAUAUAUAUAUAUCUGGAAAUAUACGUCUGUGCUAUGAUUCUGUUUGCUCGCGUUGGUGUUCUAAUACCUCUGUUAAUUAAUGACACUCUCCAAUCAUACUAUU